CAGAACCCAGUGAGUGCUAAGCAGAGAAUUUUAUAUCUUGCAGCUCCUCAAAUAGACAGGGAGGGACAGGCUGCUCCAGGGGGUGUGAAUGCAGGUGUGGCUGGAGGGUGGGACAUUAUGGAGACUGUUUUGGGAGACUUCCACACCGGUUGGUAUCUGUCUAUAAGAUUGGGUAAGUCAUUUAGAAAAAACACCAAAAGUGUCUGACUUCUAAAAACGAAUUCUGCAACUCACUCACUGCUAGUUAACCUGUUCAUGCCAGGGGUCCAGUCCUGUAACUUUGUAAUGAUAUGAUCUGGGGUUUAGCAUGGCACAGCAGUGAGUUUUAUUGCUGUGGAAUUCUGUGAAUCACACACUAAGCACUGUCUGCUUUUAGACUCUAUGUUCCUGAUAAAGAGGGUUACUAGGAGGAAUGGCUCACGUUAAUGGAGAUUGUGACCCCCCAUAGACUUAUUGUGACCCCCCCCAUAGACUUCCUAUGUUAUUGUUUUUGAGGUACUUAUUCUGAGGGCAGUAAAAGUUCCAUGAACAUAAGGUGCUGGUUCCUAAAUCUCUCUGAUCUGCCCAAGGUAAGUAAAAUGAUUUAAUUUACACAUAGAGCUAGUCACAUCACCAGCCAUGUAUGGGUUAAGGAUGUAUUCACUGAACAGGCGACUGAAACAGAACUGCACAAUUUAGUCCUUUUAGGAAAAACCCAAAUCCAACUUAGCUAGUCACAGCGUGUGUGUGUAUAUAUAUAUAUAUAUAUAUAUUAUCUAUUGCUAAAGUAAGCUAUGUUUAAAAGUGCGUGUGUGUAUAUGUGUGUCUGUGUAUAUGUGUGUGUGUGUGUGUGUAUAUAUAUAUAUAUAUAUAUAUAUAUAUAUAUAUAUAUAUAUAUAUCUCUACCUAUCUCCUCGUACCUGCUCCUGUAAGUAGAAUUUAUCUGUAUAAACACUGACUCACAGUGACUGGUGACAGGCACGUAUAUACGGUGUAAAUGUUUUAAAUACAGAACACGCACUCUUACUCACUUUGCUUUGAAUUAACCGUGUGUUCCUUAGUCACUAUACCACUGGAGUUCUGAUGUACUGAACAAGCUAGCGAUAACCCAAUUCACUCUAUUUACAAAGUUAUCACCCAGUGGACUCAGAUUGGUUUCCGUCCGAAUUUGGGGCGAUUUAGUGAUUGGUCGAAUUCACAAACUCUGAGCUGAAAUGUACCUGUUAUCAUAACCCAACCAUUUUCAUUUCAGUAACAAAAAUCUUCUGAGAUGGAAUGACGUUUUCCCCAAAUUUGGGAAUCCUGAUAAGGGAGGGAGGUUGGGGGGGGGAAACCAAAUUUAGUUACGUCUGUUACCCAGGUCUUCCACAAUUGUCAUUAUGGCUCUUAAAGGAACACUACUGGGUCACAACCACAAACAUGCAUUCCUGCCCCUCUAGUGUUAAAACCACCAUUUAGGUGGCUUGUCACCUUUAAACCCCCUUAAAAUGUAAUUAAAUUACCUUAUUUCCAACGCCGCGCAGAUUUGUUGGCUCUGGCAUCAUCAGAACUUGUGAUUUUUAGCCAAUCCAGUGCUUUCCCAUAGAGAAUUGUAUUGGCUAAAUCAGCAAGGGGGCGAGACGGAGACAGGGCCAAACCGCUGGCUUGAAUCAAUGCAUCUUUAUGAGGAAAAUUCAGCGGAGACGCUGGACGGCAGUGCCUUUCUCUGAAAAGGCUGUGUUUACAUGAAAAUGCCUACAGGGAAUGAUUAUACUCCCCAGAACAACUACAUUAAGCUGUAGUUGUUCUGGUGACUAUAGUGUCUCUUUAAAUAGUAAAAUGUUGUUGUUGUUGUUGUGUGUGUUUUUUUUUUUUUUUUAUAACAAUGAAUGUAAAAAUGUCACACUUCAUUAAAGAGAUGCUGCAGUGAUGAUUUAAUAUUAAUAUUAUUACGCAGCAUUGUUACAUUGCCUGCCAUGGUGGUGUUUUUGUAUAGCACAGAGUUUAGUAGGGUAUCUAUUACUGUCUUUAAAGGUAUAACCUCUAACGCUAUGUAAAUUACUACUGAAGAGGUUGCUGUAACUCCCAUCACUCUGUAAUGGAGCAGGUGUACCCUCCAAACAGAGUGUAUAGUCCUCACAUUCUCUCUCCCUGUGGGCAUGAGUUAGUGGGUACACUUACUACCUGCCCACGGACCCCAAUCUUAUCCUAUUACACACCGUGCUAUAAUCACACCAUGUUUGACUAUAGCAUCAUUAUAUUGACUAUAGCAAUCAUAUUUUGACUUUUGAAUGGUUUAAAGGCUCUCUUUUGACAUUGUAAAUUUUAAAGGAUAAAGUGUAAUUGUCUUUAUCCUGGUACAUAAUCCAAUAUGGCUUAACAAUAUGAUUUCAUAAUAACUAGCUGUUAAAUAUGAGGCCAGAUCUGGUGUCUCUAGGCCUGUCUCUUGGUUCCAGGCUAUUUGGGGAAUCAAACAGAAUCCCUUACAAUGUUGGUUUAAUAAGGAAUAUAUAUAUAAAAAAAAAAAAUAUAUAUAUAUAUAUAUAUAUAUAUAUAUAUAUAUUUUUUUUUUUUUUUUUGUAGGAACCAAAGUCACCAACAGCAGGAGUGCCAAGGGUUAGCCAUUACAUUGGCAUGGAGGAUGGCUCAUUAACGUAAUACCUCUGAAGACAUCGGGUUUGUUUAUCAGUCAACAAAAAUGUAUAAACAAUGUGUUAAAAAUCGCACCAACAUUUAACUAUCAGAAUUCUGUGAAUGUUUCUGUAGCUGGUCAGGGACCCAGGGUUAGUUUUGCUGGAUCUGCAUGAAAAACAGUUCAGCAUUUAGUUUGACAGUCACAAACUACAGCCAUAAUACUGACUGUAAAAAAUUCAUGGAUAGUACAAUGAACGCAGUAACAAUGACAUUCACAUUUUUUUUGCAUGAAUAGGAACAUGCAAAGAAAACAAAUCAGUGGUUAGCACAGGGAACAGUCAUUGAGGGCAAAACCAGAGUAUCGAGUAUCUAUAACCGUGUCCUGUCAGAAAAAGACGUGUGGUGAGACGUCACUCAGUUGUCAGAGAAACAAAACAUUUAACAGCGAGUAAGGAGACCAUGGAGUGUAUGCCUAUCCAAAGGUUGUUAAAAGGCCUUAGCAGGAAAGGAUGGACUGAGAGACUGAACAAAAUUUUAAAAACGGAGUUAAACUAAACUUAACUAAGCUAGGUCACAGUUCGCCGCCCAAUCCCCCAACUCUCACUACUGAGAUGCCUAAAGCACCCGCCAGCACCUCCGCCGAGAACCAUGCCGUGUACUCCAGUGUGGCCCUCACCUUAGAUUUAAAAUAAUUUUUACUGAGAUGAUGAUAAAUCCUGGUAUGUGCGUCCCAGUUACUCUGAAAGUUAGACGCUCACAGAGAACUCUCGAUUUACAAGUAGCUGCUAUCACUAUGUGACUACUUUUUAUUUAUUGGACUCACUAAUUAACACAGAGAAACAAAGUGACCAAAGUGCAGUAAAAAAAAAAACGAUAAAAAUCUAAUGUUGACUUAAGGUCUCAUUAAAUUUAAUAGAAACCUGUUCCUUGACAGAGUAGUAAUAUCAAAUUACUUUUAUUAUUUGUAGAUGCACUAUAGACUAUAAGCUUGUUUGAGCAGGGUCCUCUUCAAUCUAUUGUUCCUGUAAGUUUUCUUGUAAUUGUCCUAUUUAUAGUUAAAUCCCCCCCUCUCAUAAUAUUGUAAAGCGCUACGGAAUCUGUUGGCGCUAUAUAAAUGGCAAUAAUAAUAAUAUUAGAUUAAUAUUUCCUGGGGUGUAAAUUCGGUGUUCAAACUUUGACAAAUCCUUUACCUCCUCCAGUUUUCCCCGUCUCACCUUGUACAACUAGUCCGUCCAGUCUGCUAUAAACCUUUCAUCUCACUAUUUGACAACUUCCACAUUUCAUUUACUUAUGUAAAUAUUCUACAUUGUUGGUGCACCCAGCAAUCAUUCAUCUCUUCUGAACACAUUGCACCUAUACCAAUUAUACCACAUUCCCAUUAUACGCUAAGCUCUUUUGUGGCAUGUUGGUAAUUAAUAAAUAAUAAUACCAAUAGGUCACCUGGUCGCAAAUGUUUUGGCAUUAGGCGUAACAUGUUCCAGCCCUAACUGCUUGUUUGCUGUUCCUUAAUGAUACCAAGGGUAACUGUGAUAAUUAUUAAAGGGACUCUAUAGUCACCAAAACAAAUUUAGCUUAAUGGAGCAGUUUUAGUGUAUAGAUUAUGCCUCUGAACUCUUACUGCUCAGUUCUCUGCCAUUUAGGAGUUAAAGGGACUCUCCAGUGCCAGGAAAACAAAUCUGUUUUCCUGGUGCUGCAGGACUCUGCAGUGCCCCUUCCCUCCCACCUCCCAUACCAUGUUGCUGAAGGGGUUAAAACCCCUUUAGUCACUUACCUGAAUCCAGCGCGGAUGUCCCUCUGUGCUGGGGUAGGCUCUGCCAAUGCUCCUUCCCUGCCGACGUCAGCCCUGGGCUCAGUUCUGCUCAGAGUAGCGGUUUCUGGGACUUAGUUCAAUAACCGCUUUCAAAUGACAAACCCUAUAACUUAAAGGGACACUAUAGGCGCCCAGACCGCUUUAUCUCAUUGAAGUGGUCUGGGUGCAGUGUCCCUGUCCUUCUUAGUCCUGCAAUGUAGAACAGUGCAGUGUUUGAGAAACUGUAAUGUAAACGUUGUGUUCCUAACACCAUAGAAUCCCUUUAACACCCAAACAUGUUUGAUUUGCUUCCUGUUGACAUUUACAACUGUGCAAAGUGUUACUAAACACUGCUGGCUAGUGGGAGGGAAUGUAAGCAAACUGUGCACAUGUUCAGGAACCAGCAAGCAGGAAACCUAGAAUGGGGACACACGAGACAGGGUAAGGAUGCAAAAUGCUGCAAAAAUUUUAUUUAGAAACUAAAUGUAUAUUUAAAAAAAAGUAUAGAUAAUUAUUAAAAAAAAAGAUAUAAAAUGCAUUAGAGUUGUGUUGGUGCCUGGAGUGUACUUAAACCGCCAUCUUUAUGCACCUUUUAUUUCAAUAGUCCAUUAACCCUGUAUAUGCUGCUAUAUGCUUGCUAUUUUGUAGCUAUUUGUUUCUUUUCAAAACGGCGCUCUCUUACUGCCUGCAGAAAUGGACAGCUGCAAAGUAGGGAGAAUUAAAUCAGACACUUUUCUUUUUUUUAAAUUAGACUAACAUGAUUCUGAAGACAAGUUCUUGGAGAGAGUGAGAGUGAGAGUGUGUGUGUGUGUGUGUGUGUGUGUGUGUGUGUAAAUUUCUCAAAUAUAAGUAAAGUGAGCGUGAUUUAUAUAAGGUUUUGAUAGUGUGUGUGAGAGCCAGAAUCUACAUUAAGUCCUUCAUUUAUGGUGCUGAAAUGUGUGAUCAUUGUAAUUUCAAAUGCCUUCCUUUCGUACUUUGAUCCUGAGGAUUUGGAUGGAGUGAUCAGUCUGGGUGAAGUGAUGACCAACUGGGGUACAAUACUUGUUUUCCUUGUAAUUCUUGUGCCAUUCUGUGUGCGCUCCUGUUCUGGUUUCAGUUUGCUGUAAACCAAGCUUUGUCUCGGGUUAGGUGGUUGUUUGAAUGCUAGCAUGGGGGGGGCUCAGGAAAUAGUUCCUCUGAGAUUAAUGGCUCUGGGUCUUUUAAUAAUUAUUACACACUUCUUCUAGAGUUGGGUUGUAAGUAACUACCAGCGGGAUCCUUGUGGUGUAUUUAGGGAUAGAUUUUAUUAUUUUUAGCUAUUGUUUCCUUGUAUCUCUUUUGCCGAAAUGACCCUGACUCUGUACUCAGGUGUUUAUCUCUGCCCCCAGUGUCUGAACAAAUGCGGUGAUAUCUGAUGACUGUAGAUGAUACCUUGUUUGGUGUGAUUGGGAUGGGACCUGGAAUUGUGCACUGUACCUGUCUGUGUGUGUUCUGUACACAGAUGAAUGAAGAAUGCCUAGUGUGAUGGUUAAAGGAAGAUUACACUAUGUUUUUAGAGGUUCAUUUUGAGAUUUAUUGAUGGGUGGCAAAUUAAAUAAUUUCUGGAAGUCUAUAAGGCUUUCUUCUCCUUCGUUCCAUAUUUGACACCCCACUCACCCUCUCCCCUUUUCUAACAUCGGGUAUUUUAAAUUCGAUCAUUGAUCAGUAUUUGCAAAGGGAGUAAAGCUCUUGAAAGCUUGUGUUUUCUUUUAGUGUUAAGUUAGUCUAAUAAAAAGUUAUCAUUGCAUACUGCAAUACGCUGGUAUUUUAUCAAUAUAUAAAUAUCUGUCUGCGUAUGUCCAGCCUUUCCCAAGUACUAUUAUCCUGUUGACCUAUUACCUGAAAGUUACAUUUGUAGGACUGCUGUAGAUCUUUAUUUGUUCUCUUAUAAAGUAGGGCAAUGUUUAGAAGCACCCACUCCAUUGAUCAGGUACGUAUGUUAAUUUAGUAACACACACGGUAAUAACAAUAUACUUUGUUAAUGUAUACCGAGCUGUCUAAUAACACUGGUCCUGCUAUGCGUGUCUGUCUGUUUGAGUACAAAAGCUGUAAUAAAAUACGUAAUGCCAAAUGUCACAAUGUAGCCCAACUGAAAAUGACGUCUUCGUUCCAGUGGCGAAGAGUUACUGUGAAUUCUCGCGAUGCAGGAAGCGCAUUCUUGCAGAUUUCCUGACUCUCUUCCUGCUGCCCAGGAUGUGACGCAAGUCUCAGGAUAAGGUGAGGCUUAAAGAACUCUGUAGAUGUGAGGCAUUCCCCCUGCCAGCUGUGAGACAUCUCUACCCAUUGCGAGACAUCCCACAACCGCUGGCUGAUACGUCCAACAACUGAAAAAAGAUAACACUGUUGACAAACCACCACUGCACAGAGCUGAAGGAAACACACUGGACCACAAAGAGUGGACCUUCCUGGAAUCCAAGAUCUGUCUCCUGGAGACAUCCCAAACACUUGAGAUGAGGAGAAGUUAAGGUGGCCAGUCCUGAUGCCUCUGCCCUACCUUGUUGACACCCGUUAACCUUGUGAGUGUGGUUUGCAUUGUGUGAUUUGUGUUUAUAAUGCCUUUCGAACAUGCAGAUAUGUAUAAAGAGCAACUCUGGGGAAAGUACUGAAGUGGUCAACCAAGGGUAUGUUGUUAUCCAUAGCACCACUUCUAGGGAGGCAUGCAAUAAAGGAACACGCAAAGUACCAUAACCAUUACAGCCCACAAUGCCCUGGCUUCUUCCUAGUAUAAUUUCGGCAAAUUGUAUUGGAAAGGAUUGACAGGUUACCUGGGUCUCAAUGGACGCCUGCGGCCGCAUGCCUUACUUCCAGAAUCUCCUUUUCUGAGCGGUGCCUGUGUAUCAGCCGUGUUUACUGAAUAGAGAGAGACAUCUGGUUUCUUCUGCAGGAAAUGACCAAAUGGUGCUUUGGUGCCCAGGGGACUGAGGUAAAUUGUUAAACUGGCAGAGAAUGGUUUAACAAAUUGCACUGAGAUGGCGUCAGGCUGUAGUGGUUAUGGUGCUUAAAGUGUCUCUCUUACAAACUAAAGAAAUCGGCAUUACAAAAAACAACCUAUAACGGUGAUUGUUCAUUGUAAUUGCAUAUUAACAAGAAAACAUGUUGCAGCAAAUUUAAUAGUGCUGUUGAUGACUGUAACCCCCCUCACCACCACCAAAAACCUUUUAAACUAUUAUAAGGACACAGUAUAUUAAUGAUUUAGUUGCAGUAAUGUGUGUCCAGAGAUCAAGUACAGAAAAAUAAUAUAAACAAAGGAUAUCUAUUGUUGAAUUUAAAAAUAUAAAUAAAUGCGCAUAAAAAUAACAAAUUAUAAAAAAGAAAGAACAUACUUCCUAUUUUGUGGAUCUAUUUCCCCCACUGAAUUAAGACAUUUUUCUCCAAAAUUACUAUAGUUGCUAAAUGUUACAAAGUCGCAUUUGUUGCCCUUAGUGCAAUGAGGAGAGAUUUACUAAACAUUUUUUCCCAUCCUGUCUGAAAAUGUUUCUGCUUUUUCAAAAUCUUCCUAUCUUUUUAUGUUUGUAUUUUUAGGCUUUGUAUAUUUAUAACUUAUUUACCGUACUAUGUGUUAUAUUUACUUUAAAAUAAUUAUUAGAUAUAACCGGUCAUGUUCUUGUUAAAAGAACACAGAGAAUCAGUCAUUGUUGAGUGAACACUUCUGAUGGUGUCUGUGUUCCAUACGGCCUUGUCAGUGACUUUGCACGGAGUUAUUAUGUCUGUUAACGUCUGGCCUGUCUGUUUGUCUUAUGUUUAGUGUGUGCUUACACACAUGAUCCCACGCACACUAAGGAGAGCACUGGAGGAAGUGAGGCGGGAACACAAAGCGCGAGAGGCCCUGACAGAGGUGAGGCUCCCAUUGACUUUAUAAUGUGUUUAGCGGAUUGGGAGAAGGACAGCAAGAAGUCCAGGGAAGGUGGAAAAAUCUAUUUUUGUUUUAUUUUUUAUUACAUCCAGUUCUAUCCUCAUAUAUCCCUGUGUAUACUGUAAGCUAAUCUUAAUAUAACGUUUAACAUUGUAAUUGUAGGUAAAGUGGUAUAAUCACUGGUUACCCAUAAAACAAUAAACAAAGUCCCUGCCUCUCUGUGCUGCACUGUCACUCACACUCUCUGUCUGUGCUGCACUGUCUGUCACUCACACUCUCUGUCUGUCCUGCACUGUCUCUGUCACUCACACUCUCUCUGUGCUGCACUGUCUCUGUCACUCACACUCUCUGUCUGUCCUGCACUGUCUCUGUCACUCACACUCUCUCUGUGCUGGACUGUCUCUGUCACUCACACUGUUUGUGCUGGACUGUCUCUGUCACUCAUGCUCCCUGCUCUUCUCUGUCUGUGCUGGACUGUCUCUGUCACUCACAUUCUCUCUGUGCUGCACUGGCUCUGUCUCUCACACUCUGUGCUGCAAUGUCUCUGUUACUCACACACUGUCUGUUACUCACUCUCUGUGCUGCACUGUGUGUUACUCACUCUCUGUAACAUUGCCGGUUAUUUACUGGCAAAGCCGGUAUUUGAGGCAGUCUGACUGGUGCCUGUAUUGCAAAACACGGGAGAACGGUGUGAGAAAUGGGGACAGAAUAUCCACCUCUAUUAAACAUGUCAUCCACACACCGCUGUAUGCACACAAUGACAGACACAGGAGACACCCCACACAUUCUCAGUAUACAGACACUGACGCACACACUGUUAUACACACACUUGGACAAAGUAUCCACACCAAGACCUACCACAGUCAGACAACAGUAAUGCACACAUUGGAAGUCGUUUAUUUGGGUGAUUUAGGGAAUUAUCCUCUUACUGUUUUUUCUGAUAUAGCUCCCUGAGAUGUUGUGUUCUGUGAUGUCACAUAUUUUUAAUUAGUCAUGAAAGUUAGCAUUGACGGUAUAUAUUCCCCCUCCCACCCCCACAGAAAAAGGUGGCAAUUCUAGCUGUAACACAAGGUUGUCCAAAGCUGUCCCUCCAGCUGCUGCAUGGCAAAAAAUACUGAACCACCUCUGAGCGAACACCCCUAUUACAGAGCUUCUACUGUCUAAAGAUUUGUCAACCUUUUUGGCAAUUAUAGUAUUAACUUACCUGUGUAGCAGUCGUUGGCAUUUUCCCUGCGGUAACACAGGCUCUCGUUUGUAUUGAUGCCCUUAGCUUGUGGCUAGAAUUCACAUAGUUGGCAGCAUUAGAACAGAGCAGGAACUUCCUUUGUUAUUGUUCCUUCUCUUCAACAGUCAUGCAGGGCACGUGGGGGCCAUCUUGUGUUUUAUAAAUGGCCAGUCUAUCCAACUGCCUCUAAAAUAAGGAGACUGGUAUAAACCUGUAUAUGCUUAUUGGUAAUAUCACUGCUUUUUAACCCUUUGCUAAUAACCAGAGUCAUAACUGCCACUGGACUGUCUUUUUCGGGUAUAAGACGACAAAAAACAGCCAGUGCUUAAUCAUACAAACCAAGCCAAGCCUCCUUUAACCCCUUUAUGACACAGGGUCAUCCUAAUAUAAUUGUGUUUAUCUGACCUUUUGGCAACGAAGGGACGUGAAACCCCAAAACUUUGUCCAAACAUCAAAAACACUAACCAGACAGAGUAGCAAAUCACUGCCCUCAAAAAGCAUUGAUUUAACUAUGGAAGUGCUGAAACAUAACCUUAUAGUGGCUGGAAUUCCUGUCCCUGCAAUGAGUAUGAGAUGACUAAAAACUAGGGAUUGUCUCUGGGUGUUAGUGACGUAUAGCAGGGAUUCCCAAUAAGCAUUUUACACCUUUUUGUUGUCGCUGUUCUAAUUUGAUUUUUGGGAGGGACACAGGAGCUAUUUCUGAAUGAGGUGCAAAUCUGAUCCUGAGAUAUGUGUGUGUGUCAAGUGCAUGCUUUGUAUAGGAGUUCAGUCUGUGCGUGUAAAUUAUAUAUGCACAUAGAUAAACCUCCUUGAAUAAACCGGUUCUGCAGGGUGUGUUUGACUCUCCAUGUGGAAGCGUGUUAUUCAGGAAGUUACAAAUCCAGACACCCAGGAAACUGGAGUCUCUCUCAGAGCGUCCGUCUGUCUGUCCCCCUCGUCUUUCUUUCUUUCUUUCUUUCUUUCCAACCUUUACCCACUGGUAGUUCCACUUCCUCUAUCUCUCACCAUCUUUUAUAGCCUCUUCUUACAUCUGCCAAUUCUUUUCCUGUGUCACCUAUUCUGCAUUCAUGGAAACCCUACCUGCUGUCCCCCUUAAACCUGUUCCGCAUCCCCCUUAGUGUUCUCUUCCCUCACCUCUCCCCUCUUCUCCUGGUAGAAUUCUCUCCCUUUCAUUCGCAUUAUCCGUCUAUGAAUUUGGGUUUGUGCGUUUCACGGGGUGUCCCCAGUGUCACUUCCAGGACGAAGUGGUACUGUCUGCCGGGUAAGGUAAGCGAUGCCAUGCUGCUUACUGUUCAUUCAGGGUUUUUACUAAAAUAAUAAUUAUCAGGAAUUCAAAAUAAAUUUAAAGUAAAUUUCAAAUGUAAGGCCAAAAAAAGCCAUAGUGGAAACAUUCUCCAUCAGCUAUGCUUUUGGAUCGGCUACUUUGACCUUAGAUUUGAAAUUCACUUUUCAUUCCCUUUUGAAAUCCCAACAAUGCUCAAUUUAUUAAAUAACCCUGAUUGUAUUAUAUUUCAUUUUUAUAUGCCACUUGGACACUUAAAGGUCAAGGUUAAGUUUAUAUAUACAGAAGGAUGCACACCAGUCCAAGUCUACAAAAAAAUUCAAUACUUUAUUGAAUAAUACAAAAACAUUUAUAUAAAAGAAGUGACAGAGGCUAUUAUAAUACACAAAUCAAAUGAAGUAAACUAUACAGAACUUAGUCAAAGUCCCUAAGAGCUGGACACGUGUAUAACCUAUGACCCCAACAUUUUGGCACCUGAAAAUGUGCCGGUCUCAAGGCACAGCAAGGUUUAGUUUGACCACAUGCAGAUAACCUAUUUAAACAACGGGUCCCAUGUUUUAUGGAAAGAGAGGAGCUGUUUGAUGUACAAUGGCUAAUUUCUAUAUUGGCAUUUAGUUAUUCUAUAUAAUGUUUUCAUUUAAAAAAAAUAAAUCUAUAGAUAUAUGUAGAAAAGACCAGAAGUCCAUACAUUUCCAGAAUAACUGUAUUGAAAAUUGGGUCCAUUUAAGGCAAAUCAGACACGUGAUAUUUGGGACAAAGGCCAACCAACCUCCAGCAUGAGAUGUAUUUUGUUUUGUUCUUUUUAUUCUUAUUGUUAUUAUUAUUUUUUAUUUUUUUAUUUUUAUUUCUUAUGAAAUCCAGCGCCAUUAAAGAGUAUUUGAUAUGACCGUGUCUUUGUUGUAACUCAUAUGGACAGAGGAGGGUUUAUGGUUGACGAGCAGUGAAGGUAUCCCCUGUAAGGAUUAACAAUUGUCUGAAAGUGGUCCUCCCUGUAACAGCCCCCUUGUUGAACCACCUAAUGUGCUAAGGAAGAAAUACUCACCUUGCUAACUUGUCUCUUCUGCCAAUUAUUGGGCUUCACUUUUGGUCCCAUUUAGAGUCCUUAAACAUGCAGACACCUGGGAAAGUUAAUGUUAUCAUUCUUUUUUCGAGUUGCAAGUCAGCUGAGUAAUUCAUUGUUUCUUAAUCCAAAGUUUGAGACCCAAAAUUAGAUUCUCGUUUGUUUGUGCGGACUUAACUUGUUCAUCUAGCACUGAACUGCAUUGGGGCAGUGUGACAAAGUCUAAUUAUGGAUGACUGGAAUACUGAAAUAUGAAUCUCUAACAGAGCUGUUCACUAAAGUGAGAAUUGUCAGAAGUUCAAAAUAAAUUUUCAAAUUUAAAGAAAAUCUAUAAUGUUAGAAUACAAAACUGUAUUCCUAACACUAUAGUGCCCUCUGCCCCCAGCUCCCCCGCACUCCCCCUACACUUACCCGAUUUUAGCCCCCAUAUCCCUUAGCACUGGGUCACGCUCCAACUCUGCCAGCGUUGGUUGAGGAGGGUAUUUAGAAUAUUUAUGAAAUACUCCUUUCGACUGUGUUGGAAUUUCACUGACAUUCCAGCCCAGUCAAGAGAUCUACAGAGACUACGUUGCUUCUGCAUUUCUCCUCCACCUGACUUUCUUAGAUUUAAGGUGGAAUCUAAGAUCAAUCCCGACAAUCAUCUGAAUUGGCUGUGUCUGUGGAGGAUCCACCAUAGACCUGAAUGCUGUACUCUCACGCAUGCAGCGUGAGUAAGAUGGCCGCACCCACAAGGGACAGUUUCAGGUAAGUUAUCUCACCUCUACCUGCCCCCCAAGGCCACCGGACCACCAGCGGCGAUGUCACCAUCGGGGGAUUUUGAGAUUUCGGCAAAAGCCUUAAACAGUGACGCUUUAAGGUCAAAAUCGCCGUGAAAGUUGAAACAUACUCUAAGGCAGCUAUGCCUUCAGCUUGGCUACACUGACCUUAAAUGUGAAAGUCACUUUGUAAAUAACAAAAUAACAUCAUAGUGUGUGCUUUUGACAUUGUACAAUGCAGAGUGGCACGCUAAAUAAUGUGGGUGUGUGGCUAAAUCCGUGUGCUGCACCCUGAACUAGAAAUGGUUGUUUCGUUUUCUAUUUAAUGCUGUUUUUGUUUUUUAGAAUUUGCACCAUGAGGGAGAGGAGGAGCACGAAGGAGUUGUGUACAGUGUGUAUCUGCGCUCCACAAACUCUCAUCAGGUAACACACCUUUUCCUAGCUAGGAAGUACACCUGGUUUAUAUCUUCAUGUGUGAAACCAUCCAUUGUGCAGCAUUCCUCAAAAUCACCUCUGUGUCAAGAGUUUAAUAUAGACUUUCACUAUAGUAAAACAGGGCUCAGCUGGAUGAGGUUGAUUCAAUCUUUAUUGGAUAACCUUCCAAGUCAUUACUUGUUCUAUAUCCCUCUUAGUGUAUUUGUGCUUCGUUGCUGGUUGUUGUGAUUUUGUAGGGUAGACCUAUGUCUUGGUGUGUCUAUGUUUCAUGCUUUACAGGAGUCAGGAGAUGUGUUAAUUUUUAUGUAUGUGUAAAUAUCAUUUUUAAUUUUAUUUUAUUUUUUUAAAUGUAUUUUUAAAUGGUUAUUAUGGAAGUGUAUGGUAUGCACUUUUCCAUUUUUUUAAAUUUAAUUUUAUUUGUGUGUGUGUGAGAUUUAAAGAAUAAUUUUAUUCCUAUCUGCCUAGGCUCCGGUUAGAGUUAAACUGCUUCGGGCUGGCACUCUUGUAAGACUUGUAUUGCACCUCCUGGAUGCCCGUGCCUUGGGGGACAGUACAUAUAUCCCAGCAUUCCUUGCAACGUACCGUGCCUUCACCAGUACUACCGAAGUGCUGAGUAUACUACUAGACAGGUGUAUGUCGUUAUAAACAAUAAAUACGCUCUGAAGCUAAGCACUCCUAAAUAACCCCUUAAUGACGUUGGGCUUAAAUACCUGUAGGAUGGCAUGGAACGCAAGCAGCUCUUUAAACACCUCUUAGGAGAGACCACACUUUUUCUGAGCUGCAGACUGCUUUGGGGAGACCCUUCACAAUCUGAAUAGACCCUGGCAGCGUUUCCCAGCUUGUCCCCAUUCGAUUGUGACCAGUGCUGGACUUUGCUAGCUGCCCAACACCAGUCUCUGUUUAAUCGUUUGGGAACCAGGCUCAUUCAGAAUGACAGUGUAAUUAUGAAAAUGGCAAGUAGAUGGUGGUCACAGACAUGAUCUAUGGUGUUCAAAUAUUAAAAAAAACAUUUCUAAUAUCAUUAUUGACGUUAGCAGGGUUAGAGUUCGUAUUAGCGUUGGGUAAGGGGUUUAGUUUGUGUAUGUCUAGACAUAUUGGGCAUUUAACAAUCAGGACUGAUAUGUGAACCUAUUUUGAGUUCUUAAUAACUAGCAAUGGAUAUCUAAGAAUUAUUUUAAGCAAAAAUAUGGAAAACAAAAUAGUCCUCCCCGUCCCCCCCAUUUUAUUUACAUGUAAAGUUGUGUUAGGUAUACAUAUAUGAUAUUAAUUGAAAGCCCUUUAUCUCCUUUUAAAAUGAUAUAUAAUGUGUAUGGGGACACUUGCAGAGAAACCCUAAAACUAAGGUGGAACAAACCUAGAGCUCAAAUUCAAGGUUUUGUUUUGGUUCAGAAUGGGGAUAAUUGCCUCCGUCCUUAAGGGGUUAAUAAAGGAAGGUCCUACCCUCUGAGUUAGUCACACUCUCGCUCCUACUAAUUAAAUUGCCAGCUCAUUCUUCCCAAACUAAUUUACACGUUUUUAGACAUCUGGUGCGAUGGCCCAGCGUCCUUACUGCUGCCGUUUAAUCUUCUGUUUUUUUAAUUCCAAGAUAUAAAAGUUCUAUUUCUAUUUCAAUCUAUCUUUAGUUCACACUGUGCUUACUUUCCACCUCCAUUGCCUUUCUUUUAUUCUCUUUUUCACCCCAUCCAUUUCAUCGUUGUUUUUAUUUUUUUUUUUAUUUGAACUUCUUUGCCUCUGAUGAUUAAAUAGGAAAGUGCUUGCCUACAGGUGUCAAUUGGUUAAAACAUAACAUUUAAUACAUUUGUUUAAAAGCUUGCCGUUGAUAAUCAGCAAAUAAAUCAAAAAUUAUUAUUAAAUUCUAAAGCUAUUAGUUUAGAACAAAGGGCAAAAAGAAAAAUGUAUAAAGAAAAUAAAAUAAAAAAAGGGACUAUUGUAGAAUAAUCCUAAUUAUUACUGAGAUUACAGCAUGAGUCCAAGUAUAAGUAAUUAAUAGUGUACAUUCAGAAAUACCAGUGAAAAUGAAGCUGGUAAUUAUAAGAAACACAAAAUAUCGAUAGAGUAAAAUAUAACCACUAACUAUAGUUUAGUAUACUAUUGUAUCAAUUUCCCUUGAAGGGAACGAUCAGUGUAACUGUGCUAGGUUAUACACUCUAUAGGAGAGGAACUCCGCCUGAACAUCUCCUGUCCGAUACAAAAAUCGGAUUGUUCAAUCCCCCUUGAAGAGUCGCCUUACUGGAGAAACACGUGUCGGGGCUCUGCUCUGCACUAUACUCUAGAAGUCUAUAACGAUUACUUCAAGACAUUUGUUUUUUCAUUAGAUCUUAGACACUAUGUCCUCUGCAAUAGAGAUAGGCAGGGUAUUUGCAUGACUUUCUUUUUCUCAUAUUAGUGCUAAACUUAGACUAGCAGACAGUUUCUUAUACAGAUUAGAUGCCCUUAAAGGCACAACUUAGCAACUCAGAGUAUUAUCGGUGAACAGCACUAUUUGGGAAAAGAGUCAUGUAUUGAACAAUCCGAUUUUUGUAUCGGACAGGAGAUGAGUUCCUCUCCUAUAGAGUGUAUAACCUAGCACAGUUACACUGAUCGUUCCCUUCAAGGGAAAUUGAUACAACAGUAUACUAAACUAUAGUUAGUGGUUAUAUUUUACUCAAUAUCGAUAUUUAGUGUCUCUUAUAAUUACCAGCUUCAUUUUCACUGGUAUUCCUGAAUGUACACUAUUACUUACUUAUGCUUGGACUCAUGCUGUAAUCUCAGGAUUAUUCUACAAUAGUCCUUUUUUAUUUUAUUUUAUUUAUACAUUUUUCUUUUUGUCCUUUAUUCUAAACUAAUAGCUUUAGAAUUUAAUAAUAAUUUCUUAUUUAUUUGCUGAUUAUCAACGGCAAGCUUUUAAACAACUGUAUUAAAUGUUCAGUUUUAACCAACUGACACCUGUAGGCAAGCACUUUCCUAUUUAAUCACUACUUACUUAGGGUUACACCCCCUUUUUCUUGCCACAGUUAUCGUGACACUCUGAGUUCCUAUUCCUUUCCCCAUUAAAAUUCUUUGCCUCUGAUGUUUGCAGGUUAGAGAGUGAAAUUCACAAACCCAGGACAGAUAAUGGAGGGAGAGAUGAUGAGUAAGUAUCACUCCUGUAUGUUCGUUUCUGUGUUCACCGUUGCUGUCUCGUGGCACCUCCAUUUAGUUUCCUGUCUGUCAGACUUUUCCUGAUGGCUCUCUCAUCCUGCUAGAAGUGAUCAGCAUUUGUCCCUCUCUGUUACUUAUUGAUGAAGUAAAUUACAAUAAAAAUGCUCCCAUCGUUAUUUUAUCCAAUGUAAACAAGCAUUGGAAUUCCAGAUGAUGCAUCGAUAAUACCAGAGACUGUCUAUUCAGAAUUGAUAACAACCAGUUCUAAAGCUUUGGGCACAUGUCUAGGUGUGCGCGCUUAACGGCAUAUUGUGUCAAAGAUGCCAUAUAUUUACAAGUUAGAUUUCUUGAUAAUCUGUCAAAGGGUCAUGAGUUCUAUUCCCGGUGGGAUGAACUCUGCUUUUUAUACUUUCAAGGGACGACGAGUUGUGAUAACGUCUCUUUGUGAACUGCUGAUUUAGUUAAAUCAAGGAGCUCUGGAACCCGAUUGGGGGAGAAAGCACUGCAUAAAUAUUUAUUAUUCCCUGUAUUCUUAUAUAGAAUAUGAAAGUUAAACUACUCCUACUUCUUGGACAUUGGUAAAUUUAUCUUGGUUACAUUUCCUGAUCCUCACUUAUAUGCUUAUUGAUAAACUAUAUUUACAGUGUCAGCAGCCUCUUCUAUGCCUGGAUGUCUCAUUACCCUGAUGAUUUUACAUCACUUGACCCUGAGAAGAGAAAGCGUCUGUCGCUGUGCCUCUCUAGGCUGUUAAAAUCCAACUUGGUGGCAAGACUUCAGGAACUGAGUGUGGAACAAGUGGAUGACCAAGAGCCUCUUACCCCGGUGGAAGAAGAAACAAGUGCCUCAGACCCUUUAGAUAUCCUUAUCUACCAGGCUGGAUAUGUGGCAGAGCAACUUACCUCACUGGAAGCUGUGAGCACAUGAAGAACAACUUAUUGUCUUUGUACUGGCCUAUGUCACUAUAUGUAAAAAAAAAACAAAAGUAUUUUAGAUUUUUAGAGCGCCUAUCCAAUUCUUCUUCUUUCCAUGGAGACCGUUCCUAUUUUGUUUUAUUGUUAAACUAGAGCCUGUGUCAGAAUAACUAAUGGUUUAUGUAGAUCUGUUCUUUAGUAUGCCUCAUUAUUGGCAUGUAGGAGAACUUAACUCGUGUUCCAAAACCUUGAACUAAAUCCCCCUAGAUAUGACGCCGAGGACUGGCAGAUAUAUCGUCCUGGCUGUCACUCAGACAGUCAAAGAGAUUUUCUUCCACAUCCGAUUGGCUUCACAGAGUUAAUGAAAGUGGCAAGUGCUCACUUCUCAUUGAGCUGUACUACAUCAAGAAGCAAAGGAAAGCUGCGAACGCGUGCAUGCGCAUGCUGACCGCUCCAGCACAGUGGCUUCUCCGUGAGAAGCCUCUGGUUGGAGUAUUCAAUGGCACAGACUAAAAGUAUGUGCUGGGGAUAAAGGGGAGGGCUUGUAAAGGCUGCAGACAAGAGAUUUCACAUUUUGCAAGCAGUUUUUAGAUAUACCCCAAUAAUAAAAUACAGAAAUGUUUGUUUUCCCCCAUUUUAAAAAAUGUAUUAUUUAUGAUUUUGCAAUGGAGUAUUACUUUAAAUCCUCCUGUUUUGUUUUCCCUCCGCAGUCACUCUUCUUGCGAGUUGUCCCCUUUGAAUGCCUGGGAUCAGUGUGGUCUCGGAGAGACAGAGGAGGAGAGCAAUGUGACCGCUGCCACAGUGUCAGAGAAACCGUUCGUCACUUCAACCGUUUGUCUGGGGCUGUGACCUCAUCAUGUGUCAGGGACCCCCAUCUUCGACCACAACAGAGAGCUCGAAUCCUCGAGAAGUGGGUGAAGGUGGCAGAGGUAAGAAGGCUGUUGCAGUUAUCACUUUUUGGUGUGCCAGGGCUGUCAUCCCGCAGGUCUAUCUUUAAUACCAUCUUGGCCUUAUAAUUCAAAGUGAUACUGUGCUUAUUUUUAUAGUUGUACUGGGCUCUGCACUAUUUUUUACUUACUGAUAUUAUGUUACGAUGCUCAUACAAAAUGUUUUUUAUUAAUUUAAUACUCUAUUGCAUGAUGCUCUUUUUCAUUAGUUCUCUAUUGCAUGAUACUCUGUUGUAUGAUGCUUUUAUAAUUGACCAUAUGUUAGAUAAUUAUUUUAUCCAACAGUCUUAAAACUACUCUCAUUCUCUCAAAUUAUCAUAUACCCACCUCGCGUUUUCUGUUAUAUCAUCAUUACUGAUGGUGUCUCUUUUAUUAAUGUCCCUGUGUCAGAGCUUCCCUUUCUCUCAUCAAUGCACUGUUCUCUGUGUGCCUUGGAAAUCAAAGUGAAGCUCACAUUUUACGACCGAAAUCGCUGUAUUGAAGCAUCACUAACUUACUUUCCCAGUUGAUGCUAUCUUGGCCUUAAAUUUUACAUUCUGAAUUCCAGACUCUCUGUGUGUGUGAGUGAACGUGUGUGUGUGUGUGUCUGUGUCUCACACUCUCACUCAUUAUUGUAUUUCUCUUUGAAUUCCAAACAAAUCUAAUUUUAGUGAAUAAAAAGUGCAUUUUAAUGUUAAGGCAAAACAGCUGAGAUGGAAAAAUUCUCUAAUUCUCUUUGGAUAUUUUGACCUUAAAUGUAAAUUUUGCUUAGUAUACUCUGGCUCUCUUAUUUGUGUAAUUAGUUAUUUCCCUCGUUUCCCCUCUGUGUUGCUUGGGGCAAUGAGGAAACAUUAGACUGGGCAGCAGCAGGGUGGCUGUGAUUGGCUGAGAGUGUCACCUGACUGCGUUCAGCUUAUCACAGCGCUCAUUACAGGCAUGAAUCGAUACGGCUUAAAGGAAGUGUGUAAUCUCUGCCUUAGCCAUACCGGCAGGGCCAGGCUGUGGGUAAAAUGUCUUUGUACUGUCCCUCCAUGCAAUGUAACAGUACAACCAAUGCAAUGAGAUGGAAUAGUUAGAGUGCUUGCAGUGUCUGUGUACUUUUCUUUGUGUAUAACUUUUGUUAAUGUUUUUUUUUGUUUUUUUUGUGUGUGCGUCUGUCUCUCUCAAUAAUGUCCUUUUCUUUUUCUCCUUGAAACUUCUCUAACUGUACACUUGACCGUAUCUGAGAACCCAGCCCUGCUUCUCAUGGCAGUCUCUUUCUGUAACACUCUCAUUAGGAAUGUUGGAGUCUCAGGAACUUCUCGUCUGUCUAUGCCAUUUUCUCUGCUCUGCAGAGCACUGCUGUUCACCGUCUAAAGAGAGUGUGGGCUGAGACAUCCAGGUAACCAGACUGCAGGUACUAAGUAUCUGUCUAAAUGUAACAGCGGGCAAAGAUUAUCACAACUCAGAGUGGGAAAUAAUGUAUAGUGCCCCAAAGGAUAUCUGUGUAUUUUAUUUUUUUACUUAUACAUGUGACUGACAAAUAUUGACAUUGGGGUACAGUGAAAUAUUUUUUUUUUUUUUAAAUGAGCUCUUCAUCUGUCAACUAUUUUCUAUUUUGCUCCAAUAUAAUAAUUGUCAAUCAAAUCUUGUAUAGAAUAGAACAUUAUCGGUGAAAGGUCUUUAUAAGCUGUAAGUCAAGCCGCCAUACUCCUACUGCAGUGUUAUUGCUGUUAUUUAAUCCCAUGGUCAUGUCACGCAGGGAAAUCCAGCGCAGUUACCAGGAAAUAAGUGACGUUUUCUCUGAGAGGGACAACUAUGCCCGAAUGAGGGAGCUGCUUUUCCAGGUGAGCAAUCCAUGCCACCUACCUUGUCUGUUUGUCAUUUUCUCCAUUUCACACUCUUUCAAAAUAUGGUGUGUGUAUGUAUAUAUAUUGAAACAUAUACAUACAAAUCAGGUGGAGUGUAAGGUGGACCUUGAAUUCAGGUAUCACAGACAGCUGAAAGUAUAUAAAGAAAACACAACCUAGUGCAAUAUAGUCUGGUACAAUUACAUGUAUAAUAAUCAACAGAUGUUGUACUCACAAACACAGAGCCAGUUACACUAGGCUCAAUGUGCAGGCUGGUGGGAAUAUUAGGAGGGAUCCCACUCCCUGGCUGAGCAGAAUCAAGUAGUGUGCCAAAGAUCUUCCACUUAAUAACGCUCCAGGUCCAAAGAUCUUCACUUAAUAAUGCUCCAGGGCAUUAAAUCAUGGUAAAAAUCCAAUUUAUUAAACACAUAAAAAAAAAAAUAACAGGCAUAGACUUCUUGUCCUGGUGUCAGUCUUAUAUGGUUCCCCUUUGAUUAUCAAUCCGGAUCCCCUGUGAGCCGUGAGUGACUUCCGUCUUCCUCCUAUGACGUGUCACUCUGCCGUCCUCACUCUGAAGUUGUACUUUCGGUCUCGGUCUGUAUUUGGAACGCAUAUGCAUUCCACCUUCGGAAUAAACUUUAUUGUCCCCUCAAUAUAGGAGUAUAAACGAACAGCUGAUGUAUAAGAAGCAUGACCCCAAAAACAAGUAUAUUAGUUGCAAAUAUGGGAGAAAAUUUAUAAGGAUAUUCAGAAUGAUGGUCUAAUACCUAAAUAAUAGAAUAUGUAAAGCAGGCAGCAGAGUAAGAAAUAAGUAAAUAUAGAAAGGUGAUAAAACAAUGACAAUCAAAUAUACAUAAAAUUGAGUAUAUAGAGAAGGCAGCAAGAUAAAAAAUAGGCUGAUCUUAAGAAAGGAUGAUACAAUAAAACAUGCUUAAAAGGCUGAACUUAAAAAGGGAUGAUACAAUAAAACGUGCGCGAAAGGGGCGAUGUAGUAAUUUAAAAAAAAAAUUUUUUUAUAAAUAAUUCAGAAAGUGUCUAAGAUUUACACCAUAGUGAACACGUGUCCCUUUCAUACAUUAAAAUAACUAUGCUUAAAAUCGGUUUAAAAGUUAUUUAGUUGUUGUUGUCCUGGGGUUCUUAGAUAAACCUCAACUACCUAAUAGCAAAUAAGUCAAUGUAGUAGCGAGCACUUUUGCAAAAUAUAAAAAAAAAUAUUAAAAAAUAUAUAUAUAAAAAAAAUAAUAAUUAUAAAAAAUUCUCUACAUUUUCUAAUAUACAUAUAUUCACAGAAAGUGGCAUAACUCAAAAUCUGAAUUUAAACCGUGGGGAACAAGGGUAUUAAAGUUAAAAAUUAAUCUCAUUUCCUCCUUCCCUAUUUUGUUAGUAUAGUCUCCACCUCGCCAGUCUUUUUUAACUAAUUUCAGAGCACAAAAAAACAACUCUGUAGGGUCUUGGUUAUGCAUAGUUUUAAAGUGCUGAGAUACGCUAUGAUUUUCAAAGCCUUUCUUUAUAUUUCGAAUAUGUUCACUUAAUCGGACAUUUAAAGGACGAAUUGUCCUACCCAUAUACAGCAAGUUGCAAGAGCAUUUCAAGAGGUACACUACACCAUGUAAGACUAAGAUUAUACACAGAGGCACUAAGAAUUUAAAAAACAUGUUGGUGAAGUUGUCUGAGAACGGAUAAACCUAAUGAGUUGACAAAAAAAACUUUCAGGUUUUUAUAGAUGUGGAAGUUGCCUCCCAUGUAGAACAACUAAGAGCCACAAGAGGCACUACACCGACAUAAGCCACAUUAUCGGACAGCAGUAUACUAUUAAAGAUCACACUACAUGCCAUCGAAAGGUGUAGUGCACCUCUUGAAAUGCUCUUGCAACUUGCUGUAUAUUGGCAGGACAAUUUGUCCUUUAAAUGUCCGAUUAAGUGAACAUAUUCGAAAUAUAAAGAAAGGCUUUGAAAAUCAUAGCGUAUCUCAGCACUUUAAAACUAUGCAUAACCAAGACCCUACAGAGUUGUUUUUUGUGCUCUGAAAUUAGUAAAAAAAAAAAAAAGACUGGAGAGGUGGAGACUAUAUUAACAAAUAGGGAAGGAGGAAAUAAGAUUCAUUUUUAACUUUAAUACCCUUGUUCCCCACGGUUUAAAUUCAGAUUUUGAGUUAUGCCACUUUCUGUGAAAGGAUAUGUAUAUUAGAAAAUGUAGAGAAUUUUUUAUAAUUUUUUUUUCUUUUUUAAUGUUUUUUUAUAUUUUGCAAAAGUGCUCGCUACUACAUUGACUUAUUUGCUAUUAGGUAGUAGAGGUUUAUCUAAGAGCCCCAGGACAACCGCAACUAAAAAAACUUUUAAACCGAUUUUUAAACAUAGUUAUUUUAACGUUUGAAAGGGACACGUGUUCACUAUGGUGUAAAUCUUAGACACUUUCUGAAUUAAUAAAAAAAAAAACCCAACCUUUUUAUUACAUCGCCCCUUUCGCGCAUGUUUUAUUGUAUCAUCCCUUUUUAAGUUCAGCCUUUUAAGCAUGUUUUAUUGUAUCAUCCUUUCUUAAGAUCAGCCUAUUUUUUUAUCUUGCUGACUUCUCUAUAUACUCAAUUUUAUGUAUAUUUGAUUGUCAUUGUUUUAUCACCUUUCUAUAUUUACUUAUUGUUUUUUACUCUGCUGCCUGCUUUACAUAUUCUAUUAUUUAGGUAUUAGACCAUCAUUCUGAAUAUCCUUAUAAAUUUUCUCCCAUAUUUGCAACUAAUAUACUUGUUUUUGGGGUCAUGCUUCUUAUACAUCAGCUGUUUGUUUAUACUCCUAUAUUGAGGGGACAAUAAAGUUUAUUCCGAAGGUGGAAUGCAUAUACGUUCCAAAUACAGACCGAAACUGGAAGUACAACUUCAGAGUGAGGACGGCAGAGUGACACGUCAUAGGAGGAAGACAGAAGUCACUCACGGCUCACGGGAUCCGGAUCGAUAAUCAAAGGGGAACCAUAUAAGACUGACACCAGGACAAAAAGUCUAUGCAACUGAGGAAGCGUAUUUAGGCGAAACGCGUUUUGCAAGUAUUUAAACUCACUAGAGACUUAGCAGUAUAUACUGCCUGUUAUUUUAUUUUUAUGUGUUUAAUAAAUUGGAUUUUUACCAUCAUUUAAUGCCCUGGAGCAUUAUUAAGUGAAGAUUUUUGGCCCUGGAUCGUUAUUAAGUGGAAGAUCUUUGGCACACUACUUGAUUCUGCUCAGCCAGGGAGUGGGAUCCCUCCUAAUAUUCCCACCAGCCUGCACAUUGAGCCUAGUGUAACUGGCUCUGUGUUUGUGAGUACAACAUCUGUUGAUUAUUAUACAUGUAAUUGUACCAGACUAUAUUGCACUAGGUUGUGUUUUCUUUAUAUACUUUCAGCUGUCUGUGAUACCUAAAACCUAGGUCCACCUUACACUCCACCUAAUCUGUAUGUAUAUAUUUUGUUUUGUGGUGAGGAGAGAGGUUAUCACACAGGUGUUUUAGAGUGUGGUGUUAUCUAUUUGUUGUCACAUAGUGGGACUCUGUAUUCUGUUUAUUUUGUGUAAUUAUUGAAACAUGGCUGUUAAGGGGAAAAAGAAGCAGAGGGAGGGAGAAGACAAAUUUUAAUAAAUGGCACCAAAUAUUCACUGAAAUUUAGACGUGAAAGUGUUGUCAUUGUAUCUCUUUACUGUUAUUGUGUCAUUAAUAAUUCUGUGUGCUUUGGGAAAGAAACAAACCAGGUGUGGGGUUGGGAGGUUUAUUCAUUGCAUUAUGCACCUUUACUCCCAACUGCUUCAACGUAAGCUGAACAUGAUCAUUUACAUAACAUGGCUCACAAUCAUUUCCCUUCCAAAUCUUCUCUCUGCAGUCUCAGGACACAUCCGAUGUAAACUCGAGGAGACACCCUGUUCGCUCUAAAGACCCCCGAGCAGCGGUUAGAAAAUGACCUUUAUUUUCUCACAUUCAGUUUACACUGUUGAUCAUUAACCCUGAUCUCUUUUGAUUGUAUCCUCUAUCCCUUCUUUCUUAUCGCUGUCUAUGUCCCCUUCUGUUUGUAAUGUAUUUGCUAAAUUUAAGUAUUGCCUUGCUACAAAUGGCUGUGAGCCUUGAAAUAAAAGGAAGUCCCAAUAUUGCCAGAAUUCUGAGGUCACUGCCCUGAAUAACUGCUUCCUGUUUCCAUCGGUUGCAGUGUGCAACAAGUUAUAGCUAAAGUGCAUGCUGAUGGGCUGUAUAAUUGCUGAAGCCUUCUCCAACUUACUCGCACUAUGUCAAUGUGAUCGUCCUCCCACACAUACGUAUAUAGUUCCUUUCUAAACCAUUUACCAUGUUACAUUUUCCGGCGAUGUCUUUCUCUAUGUCCUUUUUAAGUUACAUUUUCUUUAUCUCAGGGUGUCAUUCCGUACCUUGGAGUUUUCCUUACAGACCUGGUCAUGUUGGACUCCGCUAUCAGGGAUCAUCUGGAGGUAACACUACUAGAAGGAAAAACUCUGUAUGCCUUCUUGGUUGGUCUAUUGGUGGUUCUAUAGCCCAGGGUUGGGUCACAGUGUGCUAUAUGACACAAGAAGAAGCAUUGACUAGGUUUAACCAGCGACAUAUGGCACAGAGGCAAAGAAACAAUUUAAAACAUUGGAAAAUGGUUGAGGAAAUCCACACAAUUUCUUUAUUGCCCUCGUUCACUUGAUGUGCAUUGGGCUGACGGCUAGAUCCUGGUCAUCAGGGGUUCUUGGUGACCAGUGCCUUAUUAUAUGAUAAACGGACGGCAUUUGAAGUGGAACUCUUUAUGCAGUCCAAAGUUUUUUAAUGUAAUGUCUUUUUGUGUUUCAGAAUGGCUAUCUAAACUUUGAGAAGAGAAGAAAGGUAAGAUUGUUAUAUUUUAUUUAUAAUUCUAAAUGGCCGUACAUUUACUGAUAUUUAAUUUUUUCUUACUGAUUUUUGCACAUCUGCCAACAGUCCUGAAUCUUGAGAACUGUUCCUCUGCUUUAAAAUGUGUCCCAGUGUUUGGCUUCGCUGAUGCCAUUCCACCUGCUUUUUAUCUGCCCUCUGUGAGCUCAAGCAAGCUUCUAAUGCUAUCCUUGUACUGGUAUAAAAGUUGUUUAGGAGGGAACGGUCCUGACUAUACUCCCCAGUUCCGACAGCUUUGCACAUCCUGUGAUCUCAAUUUUUCUUAAUCGUCUGCUGUAGACUGCUGGUUGGUUGGUCACUGUAACGGAUCGCCUGGCACCCCGGCUGAGUACCUCCGUUAAAGGAUGCUCCUAGCCUUUCCUGAGGACUCCAAGCACUCUGGCAGACACCACAAUCACCGAACCGGAGAAACAAAUAAAUUCUCCCAAGCAUAUGAAUGCUGUAGACAGUUGAAUAGGAACCAUACGAAUAGGUUUACUCUCCUAGCAGUCAAACUGGAACAGCAUACAAUAAAUCCUUCCCCCAAUAAUGAGACGACACUUCACUUUGAGGGUUAAAACAGGAACUCUCUGUACUGUCACAUACAGUCUCUUUUAUUCCCAAUCCACAAACAUAGUACAGCCCACAGGGCGUUACAAAACAACCAAUCAAUCCGUACAAUACACCCAGACACUCCCACACAAAAUCCUCCCCUCUGCAUGUGAUAUGAUUACUGAACACAAUGGGUAAUCUCAUUAUCACCGGCAGAGGAAUACAGUUUUUACACAAUAUUUAUAACUUCUAAAAUAUACAUGUCACAAACAUAAAACAUACAUUUUCAUAAUCAAUCCAUUCAGGGGAACAACAUAUUAAAAAAUGGCACGAAUCAGACCAGGGGUUCAAAAGUUAAGGGAAAGUCCUUUGUGACUAAAUGAAGCAUGGCUUUCUGGCCCAAACCAGUUUCAGAGUCUUCUAUCCUGGAGAGUAAUUCAAUUAUCUCCCAGGACAGACACAAGACUCCAUUAAGCACAUGGUUGCAAAAAGACACAAAACACUUUAAAAUACAUAGUCACCUUUUACCCAUAAGACACAGACAUUUCAGAUAGCUGGGAUCUGAGCGCACAAAACUACCGAAUAGCGCUCAGAUCCUAUUCACACAGUUCAAUUGCCAUGGAGCUGAAGUCUUUAACUACACGAAUGGGCUCCAUGGCAUAGCUAUCUGGGUUAACACAUUCACAUAAAGUCUGGUCCAUAGUCCAAAGGCAAGAGGCGGGCAAGCAGCCCCCUCCAAGGACACGUGGCGCGGUCGGUUUCACCAGUCACCAUCUUGAAACCUCUGCAGUCAAUGGGAGAUGAUAUUAAGCCAACCCCUCAUUAACCUUGGGAAGCCAGUCAUGCCUUUCCUGCAACUUCACAUGGAAGCCCUGACUUCUCAGAGCUCCCAAAGACAAACCGAGGCAAAUAUGUAACCUUUUUCCUGAUGUGACCUUUGAUACCUUGUUUUAUUGUAUAUACCAGCCACUACUACAUUAUUUACUCUUCUGGCUCUAUUGCAUAUUCAAUUUCUGCUCCUGUAAACUUAGUGUCCAUCUUAGAAAAUCUCUUUUCCCUUUGCUAGGAGUUCGAGUCACUCUCUCAGAUUCGCCUCCUACAAUCAGUCUGUCUUGGUUAUCGAAUUGACACCGACCCGCAAUUUGUCAGCUGGUUUCGAAGACUCCCACCAAUCAGUGAGAGCGAGAGGUGAGCAUCUAUGAUCUGUAUAGAUGUAUGUGAUGUGAAAUAUGUACAGAAAAAAUAUCCAGUCUAUAUCAGAUAUAUUUGGACAGAAAGCAUUAACAAGACUGCUAAAUAACAAAAGGUGUGAAUGCGGAUUCCCUAACAGUAAAUAUGUUAAUAUAUCUCUAGUGGGCAUAGGUAACUCGAAUGUUUUGUUUGCAGUUAUCACCUGUCAUGUGACAUUGAGCCAACGCAGGAUGCAGUCACUACCACUACAACAGUCAAACCGACUGUGAUCAUUACACAUUGCACAGAGUGAGUACAGAAACCUUGAUCAGCCUGACACAAUACCAACUAUCCUGUAGCCAGGGUCAUUUUUACUCCUUAACUACUACUAUGUAACGAGGAUUGAAUGCUUGAGGCUUUGUAAAAGCAGAUGUAUCCGGAUGAUUUCUACUAGCUAUUAUCUACAUGCUGGCAAAGAAGCAAAUGCUCUCCUUGUUCGGACUUGUAAAGAUUACUCAUAUGUAUUUGCCCAUCCUUGCAACCACGAUAUAAAAUGCAUGCUUGAACACAGGAUUCUGGGUUUAUAUGUAAGCGACAGGAGGGAGAGACGCGGUUAAUGAUGAUCAGAGUGGAAAAGGGAAGCGGGAUUAGAGGAAGUGUGUUUACAUGUAGUGGCAGAAAAAGGGGAAGAGAUGGUGCAUAGGGAGAGAAAUAAUCAGUGACGUUUGUGUGUAAUAUAAAAAUAUCAUCUUACACACCCAAAUUGGAAUGGGCUCCUAAAAGUAUGGGCAAAACAGUCAAUUAUGCUUAUUAUUGUUUAUAAAGCGCCAACAAAUGUCGUAGCGCUGUAGAAUAGAUUAGUGUUCACAUUACCGCAGUUCACAUUUUUGAGCUACCUUGUGGUAUUAGCCCUUCCACGUGUAUAUAUAAAGCACAGGUAUGCAUCUAUAUCCAAACCUAUAGUAAAUAUAUUCCUGACGAUUUUAAUAACUUGCAUAAAAAUAAAGGGACACUAUAGUCACCAGAACAACUAUAGCUUAAUGUAAUUGUUCUAGUGAGUAUGCGUGAAAAUGCCUGAAGGCAAUGAUUAAACACUGCCUUUUCAUUGCCCCUAGGAACACAUCCAAGUGGCCACUGGAGGCGCUUUCUGGCUCAGUGCCGUUCAGCAUCUGCACGCUCUGCAUGGGGACACUGAAUUUUCCUCAUAGAGAUGCAGUGAGUCACUGCAUCUCUGAGGUGCUGUUUGGCCAAAACUGCAUUUGGCCCUGCCCCUUGCCGAUUUCAGCCAAUCCAAUGCUUUCCCAGGAUUGGCUAAAAAUCAGCAAUUCUGAUGUCAGCAAGGGGCGGUGCUAGCACCAGCAGACCUGCAUGGCCCUUGAAUUAAGGUAGGUUAAGUGCUUUUAAGGGGACUAUUUGGGGGGGGCAAAGCUAUCUAAAUGGCGUGUUUAACACUAUAGGGUCAGUAAUACAUGGUGUGUUCCAGGCCCUAUAGUGUUCCUUUAAAUGUAUUUCAGAUGUGUGUUUUUUGUUUUUUUCACUGUUUGUAAAAGGAAAUGUCAGCUGAUGGUGUGUGUGUGUUUGUAUUUUGCGGGGCAAAGUAGAUUUGUGUCUGACUCCAUAUAUUUGUAAUUAGCAGAUCUGUUUAUGGCAAUAGAUAGCUGUACACAGAAUCAAAAGUGACCUUGACAGUGUUUAAUAAGACCCUGUUCGAUUUCCUCUCUAAUCACGCAGACUCCUGGCAUCCAUUGCUGCUCCAUUUGGACCCAGUAUGCACCUGGUGUCCUGGGACACACCCUGCGACCGACUGAUGCCACUAGGCCAGGUAUUGGUGUAUAUAUAUUUUAACUGACUGGGACCCAGCUCUCUGUGUAUGACUUCACUACAUCGUGAGGUUUGCCCUGCUCAUAUGUACCUUCCCAUGGUCUUUUACAUUUCCUCUUUCUUUCACUCAACAGCAGCAGAAGAGCCCAUCAGUGCCUGCUCUCAACAAGCAGGAUUCUCCCAUGCAAACUCCCAAAGGGAUUCUGGCUGUCCCAGUACGCACUCACAGACGUUCCGCUUCCUGCGGUAGUACUAUAAAUACUGCCGCACCUAAUGGUGCCUCUACAACCUCAAGCAACCUAGAUCUCCACACUUCGCAGGAUUCUACAGGAGAUCAGCGUAUUAUCCGUGCGCGGGUAGAGCCAGCAGAGGAAAACAGCGUAUACAAGAGUGUGCGGGUAAGUAUGCAACACAGCUCUAUCCACAGUUUGUAAAAAUACAAUAAUUGUAUGGGUAACGGCUAAUAUUUUGUGCCAUAGAUCAGCAGCCAGGAAAAAGCCCCAGCGGUUAUUGACAGAAUCCUCAGGAAACAUCACAUAAAUCCCCAGGGGCGACAUGAGCUGGUCCAACUACUGCCAGGAGGCAAAGGUUAGAUUCCUGCUUACAGUUCUAUAGACAGUCUUCUUGGUCUCUGUAUCCAAAUUUAAAAGCUUAUGAUUCAGUACUACAUAGCUCUUUUGGAUGCACCUGCAAGAAGCCCCAGAUCUUCCGGACUGUUGUAUGGAUUGCUUUCUAGGAAUUUUUAAAUAGAAAUUUUGUUUAUUUACAAACACAAAAGUGAAAAUCUAAAUGUACCAUAAUUUCUUGUAUUAUAUUGGUAUGUUUGCCAAGUCAUGUACACUUAUGUUAAGUAUUGUACGGUGUUCAUUUGCCCAAACAUGCUUUGAUUUCUGGUUUUCAUGGUUUAUGACAUUCUAUUGCAGAGCUGGUGAUCCCAGGAACUGCCAAUGUGUUCUAUGCCAUGAGCUCAGCCAGCCUAGAUUUCUUGCUCCGUCCUUACCAUGCCAACCAACCAGCACUGUCUCCAGGUCCUCUGUCUGCCACCCGCAUGCAGAUCAGUGCCACCUUUCCCAAAAUGAAGGCAAAGGCAGGAGACCUGGCAAGAGCACUCUUCUGAGUUACAUUUUCAUCUUUUCUACAUGUGAUGCCUGGAAGGAUAUAUGCCUCCUUGGAAUAGUGGCCAUGGACAAUGGCAUUCAAUGUUCCUGAAGACAUUACGUUAUGAAGGGUAUCCGUUCCUCAGGUUGGAUUUUCUAAUCUGGAGUCAUUGUGACACAAGUUGAUAUGGAAAGUUACACGGAGGGGAAAAAUGCCUUGAGCUUCGGAACAAAACCCAAUCGUUCUGAUCCUAGAGAAGCAUGCACAAGGUCAAAGAUACACAGUCGCCUUGAACAGACAUUGGUGCUAGUGCAUUUUGGUGAAAAGAACUAAAUUCAAUUAAAAAGGAACUAUUGUUUUCCAACCCAGGAAGGGACUGUAUGUUGCUGCUGCUUUCUAUACACUAUCAAUAAAACACUAUAUAUUGUAUGUAAUUAAGCUGAAUAUAAAAUGUAUUUUUAAUUUUGUGCAUAAUAAACAUGAAUAAGUAAAUAUGCACAAAUAUAUGGCAAUUUGCUCUUUUUUACGUCUAUUCUUAGUAUUGUGGCGUUUAAACUGAUUUUGAAAGCAGUUUCCUUUUUAUUCUAAAACUGAUCAGGACUGGGUAACAGAGUUGCCAAAUUAACAAUGUGACAAAGCAGACACAUGAAGGUUAAAGAGGCAUUGUAGGAACUAGGGGCAGAAUAAAAGGCACAAUCUGAAUUGUAGAGGAGUGUCACAGAUCCAAAGACCUAGAAAUAGUAUUAAGGGGAUGGCAAAGGAGUUGGAGCCAAGGCCAACUAGGAUUUGCAAGAGAAGAGAUGCUCAACUGACACACCGCUUACUGGAACACUAACCAAUUAAACUAAUAGCAAACAUUACAUGUUCACAAUCUUAAAAGCUUGAGUGACAUGCGUACAAAUCACCAGCAAAUGUUGACAAAUACUUACACCUGCAAUCUGUGCAUAUGAAAGCACACAUUUCUCUGUAUGCAAGUGUAUUAUCCUUAUUGUGUAUCUGCCAAGUAGAUAUUCACACGGCAUAGGCUCCAUGCAGUAACACAGAUAAACAACUGGAUGUAGACACAGAGCUGGAGUGGCCAUUUUAUUGGGUUUUUCCCAUUCUGGUACAUUUAUCUACAAUAACUGCACCCAGUCUCUGCCCUGACAAUGGGGCAAAAUGGCUCCCAGUUGGUUUUAUAAAGGACAGGUCCAGUGCUCCUUGAUGAAGAUAAUUAAAGUUUAAUAGCAAGGCCAAUCUGCUCCAGGACACAAUAGGUCGGACAAAGUGGGGCUGGGUUAAUUGUGGUUCCUCAAGCUUUUACAGGGCCCUUGCCUUGCGCUCGUUGGUAUUCCUGCUGAAGCUUAGUAAGGGUAGCUCUGUGCUGCUCUGAGCGCUGCUCCAUGUCCUUCAUUAGGGUCUCGUGUCUCUUUCUGGAACAGAGGAAGAGAUUAACAGUUAGUAAGUUCUCAUCAAAGACCUAUCAUAUACAUACACACCACUGAUGGAGAGAGCAGCCACACAUUUUAAC